GCGACACAACUCAAUCCAUUGGCAAUGGCGAAGACGAAAAAUUUGAACGGCUCGGCCGCAACGUUGCCGUCGCGACCAGUGGCGCGUACACGGGCCAGGCAGUGGCUUCCUUUGACCCUGUCUUCGGGGCAUUCGACGAUUACCUCUACCACACGUACCAGAAUCCCGUUUUGACCAUCGAAGUGGCUGGUUCUGAUUUCGUUGCCCCCGUGUCGACCAUCCGUACCUGCGGCAAGGAAUUCUUUAAAGCGGUGACUUAA